AUGCCUGUCCCACCCUGCCAUGAGUCUAUGAGCCCCCUGCGGAUCAGCGUGGGUGGUCUGCCUGUGCUCGCGUCCAUGACCAAGGGGGCUGACCCCCGCUUCCGACCGCGCUGGAAGGCCAUCGUGCUCUCGUCAGCCUUCGUGGGGUUUGUGCUGCUGCUCUUCUGCCUGCACCGCUCCUCUCCUGCCCGGCCCAGCCCACCCAAUCCUCGCAACUGGCAGCUCAGCCUGCGGGCAGGGGACCGCUACAAUGACACCUACCCACUGUCCCCACCCCAGAGAAACCCUGAGGGCCUGCGCUACCGCAUCGGAGUCAUCGCGGACCUGGACACGCAGUCCCGCAGCUCUGAGGAGCACACCUGGUUCAGUUACCUGAAGAAGGGCUACCUGGUGCUGUCGGACAGCGGGGACAGUGUGACAGUGGAGUGGGACAAGGACGAGAGUGUGCUGCGGUCCCACCUGGCUGAGAAGGGCAGGGGCAUGGAGCUCUCCGAGCUAAUUGUCUUCAAUGGGAAGCUGUAUGCAGUGGAUGACCGGACAGGAGUGGUCUACCAGAUUGAGGGCAACAAGGUGGUGCCCUGGGUGAUCCUCCCAGAUGGGGAUGGCACAGUGGGGAAAGGCUUUAAGGCAGAGUGGCUGGCAGUGAAGGAUGAGCACCUCUACGUGGGGGGACUGGGCAAGGAGUGGACCACGACGAGAGGGGAGGUGGUGAAUGAGAACCCUGAGUGGGUGAAGGUCAUUGGCUACAAGGGCGAUGUGGGCCACGAGAACUGGGUGACCAACUACAAUGCGCUGAGGGCUGCGGCAGGGAUUCGACCCCCAGGUUACCUGAUCCACGAGUCGGCCUCCUGGAGCGACACGCUGCAGCGCUGGUUCUUCCUGCCGCGCCGCGCCAGCCACCAGCGCUACGACGAGCGGGCGGACGAGCGGCGAGGCACCAACCUGCUGCUCAGCUCCACGCAGGACUUCGGGGACGUGACAGUGGGGCGGGUGGGUGAGGUGGUCCCCACCCACGGCUUCUCCUCCUUCAAGUUCAUCCCCAAUACGGACGACCAGAUCAUCGUGGCACUGAAGUCGGAAGAGGACGAGGGCAGGAUCGCCAGCUACAUCAUGGCCUUCACGCUGGACGGACGCUUCCUGCUGCCCGAGACCAGAAUUGGGAGCGUGAAGUACGAGGGCAUUGAGUUCAUUUAACUGAC